GCUUGCAGGCUUCCUACCGGCAUCUGGUUUGCCACUGGUGAGAACAUGAUGCUGGACUAAAUAUGCCCUUGGCCUGAGCUACCAGGGCUGUUCCUAUGUUCUUACUAAGCAAAUAUGAUUUUAUUUUUGUUUUUUGAAAUGGCAUUUACACACAGACACAUAUCUUUGAACAUUAUUGAUUAUGCAUAGAAAAAUAUCAGUGAAGCUGUAAAGUGUAGAAACCUAUCCCUGCAGAUCAAGCUAAACACAGCAGUCAACCUAGAGAGAUGUAUGUUAAAUGAAGGAAAGACAGCUGGUAAGUGGUGAACCAAGCUAUUCCAAUAGGCAAAAUUGAUUUCUUCUGUGCAAGAGACAACCCCUGGUGCCAGUUCUGAGCAGGGACUGCCACGCUGGGGACUGAGUUAAGAAUUUACAGCACAAUCCUAUGCACGUUAAUUCAGAAUAAAGUCCCACUGUGUUCAAUGGGGCAUAGUUCCCAUAGGAACAAAGCAUGAAAUGGCAACCUAUAAGAAUUACACUGCCUUUCAAUUUAUUUCCAAACACAGUGAUCUUUAUCGUUCCUAUUUUAAUUUGUGGAAUUUUGAAAGGACUGUUUCAUCUAGAAGUGAAGCAAGUCAUAUUACAAGUCAUGUUGCACCUCCAAUGAUUUUAUUGCACAGGUAAGAAGUUUCUUGCUCUUCACAGUCAGAAAAUACUUUUCUCUAUUAUUAUUUUUAAGAAAGGAAUGGCACCGUAUGGCCUGUAGAAAAGAUUGCUUGCUUUUAGGAUAAAUGAUAAUAUGGGGAGGUAUGACUUUUCUGUGAUGGUCUUCCUAAAUGGAGUUAUGAAAAUUAAGAAAGUUGUUCCUAAGUAACUUGGUAGAAAGAACAGCAGGUGCCUCAAUGUUCUAAGAAAACAUCUGGAUUCAAGAGGAAUAAUUACCAUUCUAGGGCUAACAUAUGUCUGUAUUUUCCCAGACAUUACUGGGAUUUCAAAGGCAGAAUUGAUGUCUGGGGAGAAUUUCUGAAAGGCGGCGCAUUGUCCUGGAUCUUAGGUAGUCAAUUGAAAAAAUGUGGGGUGGGUUUUUUUGCGUUUUUGUCUUUAAAAGUCUCAGCAACUUUUUGGGUGUCCUGGUUUUUACUUUUUGAAAUAUGGCAACCCUAAGUUAGGCUGUCAAGGAGCAGUGACAUAUCCUUCUUUGUGAUAUCAUUAACAUGGUUUAAAAGUCUGCUAGUCAGAGAGGUGUCAAGUGAGAACAGACGAAGAUGAAGAGAGUCAGUCUAGGUUUGGCUGCUGUUUUGGGGAGAAGGGGGAGGAUUAUGCUUCCAUGGACAGCUCACCCUUCUCCACCCCUUUCUGGAAGAGGUGCUUUGGUUCUUAUGGAAUUGUUAAAAUAACUGUUGAUAAUAGUAUUAAUUAAUCUCCAAAUAAGAAACAGAAUAUAUUUUAUAUUUAAAAAGCAAGUCAUGGUCAAGUGAGAAUGGUCCAUGAUAAAUAAUUAAGAAUCUGAAGAGGUAAAUAAAUAAAAGCUAUACUUGUUUUAAGGAAUGGUUUGUUUUCAUAAAGAAAUUAAAACAUUGGCUUAUAAUACCACUGUUUGGGGUUAAUGGUUUAUCUAAAGUUUGAGGAACUAUCAUUCAAAGUCACGAAAGUACUUUUAAGUUUUGUUCAUCACCUAAUGGUCAAUAAAUUUUGAAUUAAGGAAUGUGUAAGCACAUUUUCUCAGAGAAAUUUCAGUCAAGCUCCAUGGAUGUUCGACUUUUAUUUACCACUAUCCCAACCAACAACAAAACCUAAUUACUUGUGGCUAUUAAAACAUGAAGUCAUUAUCCUCACCAGUUUUUUACUAAGAAGAAAACGGCUCCUGCCUUCCACUGUUUUGACCAAUGAGAGCAAAGGCACUGGAAUAACAGCAGCAGUGAAACAAAUGUAGCAACAGAUCUUCAAAGCAUUCUAUAACACCUGGUGGCCCAGAAUGCAUUUCUGGAGCAAUGCAAGGAGGACACCCACAUACUGUAGUUCCUCCUACACUGCUAAACCUAAGAAGGGGCCUCGACUUUCAUUGGAAGAGCAGGGGUGCUUCCAGAUUACCUUUUGGAACAUUCCAUUCUGAUUUGUUGCAGUAGCUCAGACAACAUUGGCUGUUUACUGAGCGUUAAUAUUGAUUCAUUUGCUGUGAAGAUCAAAGAGAGCUUGUAAGACAUGAGAAUUGGAGGCAAUUGCUGUCAUCCUAACUUCAGGAUGUAGAAACAGCACAAACAGUACAAGCAAUGAGACACAACCAUUGAUUUUGGGCCAGCAGCAUUUAUUAGGUGCUGAAAAACCACGGCUGGCGCUGGCGGAACCGGGAUCUGUGCGAUCGCUCCGGCGCUUUACAACCUUUGCAGUUUGACCGACGGUCGGAGACGGGAGAGUUUUGCAACCCGCCUCUUUAGAGCCUUUGCAUAUAUCGGGGAGGAGAAAGAAAGAAAGAAAAAGCGGAAGGAGGAGAAGCCCAAUCAUCAUCAUCGCCGAGCUGCUGCAGCAGCAGGAGGAGGAGGAGGGAGGAGAAGAGAAGGGUCGUCGAUAUUGUUGCUCCUCUAGAACUGGCGAGGCUGAUGGCGGAGUUUGGCAGCAGAGGGGGUGGCACCAGCAGUGGGGGCAUAGCCUCCUCCCCAAGCCCUGCACACGGGAAGGUUGCCUUCAAAGCAGGAGAUGGGGAAGGUGGUGGUGGUGGAGGAGGUGGUGGUGGGGUUGCAAGAACCCACUUGGACAGUGCCGGCAACGGGGUCUCCAAUGGGGACUGCGCUCUGAUGGGCACCAGAGAAGAGACAGAGUCUACUCAGUCUGACAGCCCUGCCACAGAGAGAGGAUGUCCCACCCUGCAGCCAGAUGGCAAACCUGGUCACCCCAAGAAAACGAGCAUCAUCAAGGAUGGUACGAAGCAAAAAAGAGAACGGAAAAAGACGGUGUCAUUUAGCAGCAUGCCAACUGAAAAGAAGAUCAGCAGUGCAAGCGACUGUAUUAACGCCAUGGUGGAAGGCUCAGAACUCAGAAAGGUUCGCUCCAACUCUAGAAUUUACCACCGGUACUUCCUUUUAGAUGCAGACAUGCAGUCUCUACGUUGGGAGCCUUCAAAGAAGGAUUCUGAGAAAGCAAAGAUUGACGUUAAAUCAAUCAAAGAAGUGAGAACAGGGAAAAAUACAGACAUUUUUCGUAGCAAUGGAAUUUCGGAACAGAUUUCGGAAGACUGCGCAUUUUCUAUUAUUUAUGGAGAUAAUUAUGAGUCUCUAGAUCUCGUUGCAAAUUCUGCAGAUGUUGCAAAUAUUUGGGUCACUGGACUGAGAUACCUGAUAUCGUAUGGAAAACACACACUAGAUAUGCUAGAAAGUAGCCAAGAUAAAAUGCGGACUUCAUGGGUUUCACAAAUGUUUAAAGAAACAGAUAUUGAUAAUUUGGGGCGCAUAUCCAUGUGCAGAGCUGUACAGUUUAUAAAAAAUUUAAAUCCUGGUUUAAAAAGUAGUAAAAUUGAAUUGAAGUUCAAAGAGCUACACAGAACAAAAGACAAACCUGGUACAGAAAUCACAAAGGAAGAGUUUAUUGAAGUCUUUCAUGAGCUUUGCACUCGCCCUGAGAUCUAUUUUUUGUUAGUUCAAUUUUCUAGCAAUAAAGAAUUCCUGGACACAAAGGACCUUAUGAUGUUUUUAGAAGCAGAACAGGGUAUUGCACAUGUCACCGAAGAGAUAAGCCUGGAUAUUAUUCACAAAUAUGAGCCAUCUAAAGAGGGCCAGGAAAAGGGCUGGCUUUCCAUAGACGGUUUUACAAAUUAUCUUACUUCUCCAGAAUGCCAUAUAUUUGACCCAGAGCACAAAAAAGUGUGCCAGGGCAUGAACCACCCUCUAUCUCAUUAUUUUAUAAACUCAUCUCAUAACACGUACUUGAUAGAGGAUCAGUUCCGAGGCCCAUCUGAUAUCACAGGAUACAUUCGUGCUUUGAAAAUGGGGUGUCGGUGUGUCGAGUUGGAUGUGUGGGAUGGUCCUGACAAUGAACCAGUAAUUUACACAGGGCACACCAUGACCUCGCAGAUAGUCUUCCGCAGUGUAAUCGACAUAAUAAACAAAUAUGCAUUCGUUGCUUCGGAAUACCCUCUUAUUUUGUGCUUAGAAAACCACUGUUGUCUCAAGCAGCAGAAGGUGAUGGUUCAGCAUAUAAAGAAAAUAUUGGGAGACAAGGUCCACACGCAGUCUCCAAACACAGAGGAAUCUUAUCUGCCUUCUCCUGAAUCUCUUAGAGGGAAAAUACUAAUUAAAGCCAAGAAGCUGUCUCCUAAUUGUUCUGGGCUAGAGGGAGAUGUUACAGAUGAAGACGAAGGCGUAGAAAUGUCCCAGAGAAUGGGAAAAGAGGGUGUGGAACAACAGAAUAUUAUCACAGUAAAACGGUUUCAGCUCUGCAAAGAGCUUUCAGAACUGGUAAGCAUGUGUAAGUCGGUUCAAUUUAAAGAUUUUCAGGUUUCAUUUCAGCUUCAAAAAUACUGGGAAGUUUGCUCCUUCAAUGAAGUGCUUGCUACCAAAUAUGCCAAUGAAAACCCUGGAGACUUUGUGAAUUACAACAAACGUUUUCUCGCCAGGGUUUUCCCUAGCCCUAUGAGGAUUGAUUCUAGUAAUAUGAACCCACAGGAUUUUUGGAAGUGUGGCUGUCAGAUAGUAGCAAUGAACUUUCAGACACCUGGAUUAAUGAUGGACCUCAACAUUGGUUGGUUUCGACAAAACGGUAACUGUGGCUAUGUUCUUCGACCUGCUAUCAUGCGGGAAGAAGUCUCUUACUUCAGUGCAAAUACGAAGGACUCUGUGCCUGGAGUUUCACCUCAGCUCCUUCAUGUUAAGAUUAUUAGCGGACAGAACUUUCCUAAACCAAAAGGGUCAGGUGCCAAAGGUGAUGUUGUAGACCCUUAUGUCUAUGUAGAAAUCCAUGGGAUCCCUGCAGACUGUGCAGAGCAAAGGACAAAAACGGUACACCAGAAUGGGGACAACCCAAUUUUUGAUGAGAGUUUUGAAUUUCAGAUUAAUCUACCUGAACUCGCCAUGGUGCGCUUUGUAGUGCUGGACGAUGAUUAUAUCGGGGAUGAAUUUAUUGGGCAGUACACAAUUCCCUUUGAGUGUUUACAGACAGGUUAUCGCCAUGUCCCCCUUCAGUCUUUAACAGGAGAAGCUCUGGCACAUGCUUUCCUAUUUGUCCACGUUGCUAUAACUAAUAGAAGGGGUGGUGGAAAGCCGCAUAAACGGGGCCUGUCUGUCAGGAAGAGCAAGAAAUCCAGAGAAUAUGCCUGUAUGAGGACUUUAUGGAUUAAAACCAUUGACGAAGUAUUCAAGAAUGCUCUCCAGCCCAUACGGGAUGCCACAGAUUUGAGGGAGAACAUGCAGAAUGCAGUGGUUUUAUUCAAAGAGCUGUGUGGCCUCUCUCCUGUAGCAAACCUCAUGCAAUGCAUUCUGGCAGUAUCUACACGCUUGGUGAGAUCUGAUAACACACCCUUGGUUGUGAUGAAUCUCAGCGAACAGUAUCCCGUUAUGGAGUUGCAAGGAAUCAUUCCAGAAGUUUUGAAAAAAAUUGUAACAGCAUAUGAAACUAUGAUUCAAACUAUCAAGACUCUGAUAGAAAAUGCAGAUAACGUAUAUGAAAAAAUAGCCCAGUGCCAAAAAGCAGCGAUGGAGUUCCAUGAGAAUUUGCAAAGUAUAGGAGCCAGGGAAGGUUUAAAGGAGAGAAAGCUACAAAAAGCAGUGGAGAGCUUUACCUGGAAUAUUACAAUCCUAAAGGGGCAGGCUGAUCUUCUCAAAGAUGCUAAGAACAAAGCCCUGGAGAACCUAAAGCAAAUCCACUAUGCUACUGUUUCAUGUGGACUGAACAAGCCAGGAUCAGAAACAGCCGAGGGUUCAAAGCCCCGUCGAAGCCUGGAGGCUAUACCUGAAAAGGUUUUUAAAUAGCCUUUUUAAACUUCCAGAUCCAUCAAUCUUCCCAUUACGUGGUUUUAACAUGGAUUUGUUUUUUGAAAUUUCAUACUCACUGUAAGCUGAAUAUACAAACCAAGAUCUGCCUCCUAAUGUUUCUGCUAAAAAUAAUAAAAUGGGGUACGACAUCACAAGGUGCAAUAAUUUUGAAGCAAAUGAAGUCA